AUGGACGAGGGCUCUGAUAAAGCCCCUCGGCGGAAGAGGGUCUCUAGAGCAUGCGACCGCUGUCGCAGUAAAAAGGACAAAUGCGAUGGAAUUCGUCCUACUUGUUCCGCCUGCCAGGCUUCCGGCCAAAGCUGCUCAUACGAUCCCCACGCGAAGAAACGAGGUCUACCUGAAGGUUAUGUGCGCGGCCUAGAGAAACUUUGGGCAUUGUCAAUAUGCAAUAUCGACGGGUUCGAAGACACCAUGUUAGCCAUGCUGGGAACGACAGUGGAAUCGGCCGGUCGUCGCGAAAAGCUGAUGUCGGUCUGGACGGACGAUAAUAAUUCGGAGAGUCUGCAUGAGACCUGGAAGACGAGUCGCUUGUACGGCGCUCUUGAGAAGAUGCUGUCCAACUCCGAACCAGCCUCUACCACCGGGAAGCGAUCACGGAACCUCGAGGAUCAUGGAGAUGGUAGUCAAUGGGGGUUUCGAGUUGGUCGAGAAAUGACUCCCCUGGGCUCUGACGCACCACGGGUCGUCGGUCCGUCCGCCCGCCUGGCGCAGGCCCCGGACAAUCGUGGCGCUCAGAGCAGUCCCAAUACCCUCCAGCUACCGCCGCAAACCUCACAACUUCUAGAUAUCUAUUUCGCGACCACGAACUCCUGGCUGCCCAUCGUCGCGAAACACAACGUCCUUCGCGCGUCCUACCUCUACGCCAAUGCACCAUUUUCAUUGGCGACAACGUCUCCGGGAUCCGGAGACCAUGCUACGUUAUGGGCUAUUCUCAGCUACACCAUCACUCAAUCCCGAACCGAUCCCCGAGCUCGCCCGGUUGGCGCGCUGUCUCUUGCGAAAGAGUACUAUGCGGUGGCUCGAAAUCUCAUUCCCUCGGAGAAAGAACGAUACGAACUCGGUCAUAUACAGGCGUUACUCUUGCUAGCAUUGGUGAAUAUGGGCCUGGAAGACUGGACAGCGUCGUGGCUGUUAAGUGGCCAGGCCGUGCGGAUGGCCAUCGCCAUGGGCUUGGGAGCCAUGACGGAUACCCGCCGCUCGGAUGAACUGAAACAGGGCAAAGCGGUCUUUUUGGGGUGCUUUGUGAUCGACUCAUUACUUUCGUUCCGACUCUCUCGAUCCCCGGCAAUGUCCUCGAAUGACAUGGCUGCUGUGGGUCUUUUAGAAGAGGAUGGACUGGAGGAGUGGAAUUCAUGGGUUGACGUCCUCCCACCAACCGGUGUUGCCCACAAGAACCCCCCUCGCAGAGGCCCGUUGCUGGCACUGAGCUGCUUCAAUCGACUAGUCGAACUGGCCAGUGUACUCAACAAAGUCUCCCGAAAUUUAGCAAUGGGAUACAAGCCUGCGUCGUUUGCGCAGCAGAUGGUGGCGGAUCUCAAGCUGUGGGAUGAUGGGUUACCUCUUGGGUGUCGAUUGAUCGGGCCUGAGAGUAUGUAUCCGGAACGACACUCCACUUUGCUGCCGCACCAGACUUACCUAGGCCUGACCUACGUCGCGACGCUUCUGUGGCUCUAUGUACGCCUCAUUCCGGGAGAACAGGGGCUACACCGAACCCAGCGACCCGCAACAGAGGGGGCCAAGAAGCUGUUGUACCGAGGACUGUCGAUGAUCACGCAGCACCUGGAAAACUUCCCCAUGUGUGGACUCCCACCUAUUUUCGAGUUUGCCAUGCGUACAAUCUCCGAGCAGGCCUUUUCACUCCGACAAACCGUAGAUUCGUCAGACAGCUUCCCUUUUGCCCAGUGGGCAGAGGAGUUCCAGCAAAAGACGACUGCGCUUAUUCCGACGUGGCCCGUGUAUGGCUCUCUAAUUUCCUUUAUGGAGCGCUGGCAACAGCCAGGAUUUUCGGCCGUUCCUGCAAUUCCUGCAAUGUCUGCAUCACACAUGCAUCUACGUGAUCAAGCCUAUGCUUCGUCUAUCCUCGGUAUCAGCAUUCCCGUGGAUGGGCAAUCGCUGACACCCAAAGACACCGUCAUGGAGAACACCGAUUUGUCCACGAUGGACGUGCCCAUGCAAGCGCUGCCUAUGGAUGCACCUACACUUUCAGAUAAAGUGACGCCGCGCAGUGCACCGGAUGUCAUGUAUCCGUCCAAUGGUCACCCGCCACAUACUCCAGAAUCAGGCACCUCUAACCCGAUGAUGAAUUCUUCUGAUCGACCGCCGACGAGCGAUAUGGGAUUCAACGGAAACGGAAACCUCGACGCGAUUUUCAAAGAUCUGGCGUACCUGGACACCACCGAAUGGUCCACCAACCGCGAGGCUGGCCUCAAGGAUUUUGGGUUCUUGGACGACAGCACCUUCCAGGCCUUUUGCCACGACCCCGAUCGACUGGUUGGACCACAACCUCUUGUCCAUCCACCAUCCAUUGCUGAUAUCUGGCCGCCGCCAGGAUUCUUCCCAGAAAUGUUCCAAGAGGUUCCGGAGAAAAGGUGA